AUGUCAUCUAUCGCUGAGAUCGAACAAGAGAAGAAGACGUACCAAGAACAAUUCGAUAUCGUUCUUGGUCAGUUACGCGAUGACCCGGAUAACGUCGAGCUCAAAGCUUUAAAGGACGAGUUGAACAGCUUCAUCGAUCUUCUCAAUGAACAAAUUGCUGAGCUCAAGCCUGCCCAGGCGCCCAAACCCGCCCCCAAAGAACCAUCACCGCCACCUCAACCCGAGAAAUGGUCUCGCGAGAACCAUCCAGCCUUUAAGAAAGCAGCUCCAGUGGAGGAAGAGAAGCAGGCUCCUGUAAACUACCAGGUCAACGACACAAUUCUAGCCAAGUGGGUUUCUGGUGACAAGGCUUUCUACCCUGCGCGCAUCACAUCUAUCACUGGAUCCUCAACAGACCCUAUUUACACCGUCAAGUUCAAGUCAUACGAUAACACUGAGACCUUGCGGUCUCGCGAUAUUCGGCCUGUUUCAAAUAAGCGAAAGGCGGAAGGCACGCCAACAACUUCCGCACCAGCCACACCGCCGGCCCCAGGGUUGGUUUCAUCAGCGGGCGCGACAGUAUAUCCCGAAGCGAAGAAGGCAGCUGAGCAAGAUGGUGAAGUAAAGCCUCCCAAGGCCAAGAAGAUCAAGGCCAAGAAGGAGCUCGAGAAAAACAAGAACAAGUGGCAAGAAUUCAGCGCAAAGUCCAAGUUUGGGAAGAACCAAAAGAAGGACAGCAUGUUCCGUACUCCAGACGGCGUCCAUGGUAGAGUUGGCUUCACAGGCUCUGGCCAGGCCAUGCGAAAAGACCCCACUCGAAGCCGUCAUGUCUAUCAAAUGAACGAUGAGCUAGACUAA